GUUUUGCCGAACCUGGAAGGCGCAGCUGGUGCGGGGGAUGAUGUUAAUGGCAGUGAUGACUGCAGAGAACUAGAGGUAAGAGGCCGGGCUGGGCCGACGGGAGCUGUGUGGCUUCCGCUGAUUCGAGAACCUGGUGCUUUCAGGCGCUUACUGGAGGAAAGAACAAGACGUCUUGCUGCUGCCAGAGAAUCUUCCCCAGGUUUGCAUUCUCCCCCCUCCCUCUUCUUCUCGUCGUCCUCCUCCUCCCCAUCAUCUUCCUCGCCCUCUCAGCUCAAAAUUGACCAUAUUACGAGCUUGGUCAACUCCCUCAUCUGCAACCCUCGGUUUCCGAAGAACUCCCGAAACAUCACCGCGAAAAUGAUCUGCUCCGUGUGCCAGACGACGCUUCAAGCUGCCACCAGCCAUUUCCGCAUUGCGAAGGAACAGGAUGAGCGAUGCUUUGUCCGAGCAACCCCUAAUGACGAGCCUGAUGGAGAGUACAUUGAGGACCACCAGAAGACAUGGAACGAUUUCAUGGAUUCCGUCAACCAUCACUGCGGUAUUUGUUCGACGUUUCGGAUGUGUAUCACUAAGAGGGAAGCGCGGAACUUGGACAUCCUUUGGCAGAAAAUAGCGACCGGAAAGAUACCCAAUGCUUACGGAAACGCGGCAUCUCAACUACUUUUGAACUAUCGGAGACACCAAGACUAUCAGUGCUUCAUAUUCAGCUUCAGGGUCCUUACAAAGCCCGAGACUAGCGGUAGUAAGCCUAAGUUCAUGUCUAAGCAACUUUUUCGCAAAUGUCACUUUGUGCUAGAUCUCAUCCAAGAGAAGCCCUAUGCAGUUCCUACGCUUGAAACAAGCACGUGGUCUCCAAGAGCCCAGCGUCUGGCAAAAAGUUGGGUUGGUAACUGCGUGGACAACCAUAAGCAAUGCAGAUAUUCUAGAAUUGAUAUCGGCUGGUAUCCGACAAGACUCUUGGACCUCGGUGAAUCAACAGAGGUGCGGCUCAUCGAGACCAAGGACACGAAGCCAGCCGGACCAUACGCUACAGUUACUCAUCGUUGGGGGCAAGUUGACGAGGACUUUGUGUUGAACAAACAGAAAUACCCUCAGCUCAUGAAGGGGAUACCCUUGGAUUCAUUGCCCCGGUUAUUUCAACAUACCAUCUCAGUUGCGCGCUCACUUGGAGUGCAGUAUCUGUGGACCGAUUCACUCUGCAUCUUCCAAGACAAGGACGACAAAACCGACUGGGCGCGUGAAGCAUCUCUCAUGGAAAAGGUAUACUCUUACUCUUACUGCAACAUAUCCGCAGCAGACGCCGAAAACUGUUCAUGGUCGCUAUUCAACGCCCGAGAUCCUCAAUCCAUCAAUCCGGAAACACUGACCCUGGAUAUUGUCAGCGAUGACAUCGGUGGGAUGAUUCCAGUUCAAUUUUACGUGUAUAAUCCUGCUUUUUGGUUCCAGCAGGUUAGCAACGCAUUGGUAAACACCCGUGCCUGGGUCCUCCAAGAACGCGUCCUAGCCCCUCGCGUCCUGCAUUUCGGAAAACGCCAGUUAAUCUGGGAGUGCUGUGAAGUGGACGCGUCAGAGAUAUUUCCUCACGGGCUUCAUCCGGAACUUGCGGCAUCUGAACAUGUGCGAUUCAAAUCCUUCAAUCUUGAGCUGGAUCAGGGUGAUCAACGGGGCUUUUUUCUCGAUUCGGAACUGCCAAUGGCACGGCUGCUGUGGAACCGGAUUAUUUGGAAAUACACAGGAUGCAACAUUUCUCGGUCUGAAGAUAAACUAAUUGCCUGCUCGGGGCUAGCGAAAAGAUUCGAAUCAUUGCUACAAGAUACCUAUGUAGCUGGCAUGUGGCGCACCGAUCUUGAGGCUCAGCUACUUUGGAAAAGAUCGGGUAUAUCGCCCGGAUCAAGACAAGGUGUAUACCGGGCUCCUACCUGGUCCUGGGCAUCCAUUGAUGGCCCUAUCUUGCCGUCAGAGGUGCCUCAAGAUGGCUGUCUGAUCGAAAUUGAGGAUGUGCACCUCAGCUACGCGACGCCCGACAAGACAGGUGGUAUAACGGCUGGCUGUUUACGCCUGCGCGGAGUUCUUUUAGAAACCAAGCUUGUCAAAGGGAGGGAGCAUAAGGCGGUCUUUGAUUUGUGCUUGGAGGGAGUGAAUGUAGCGGCUGCGCCUACGUAUAAUAGUCGAGUGCCACCUAUUGUGGCCUUCGAUAUCUCGGAGGACAGCGUUGACUACGGAAGUGCCGAAGACCGGAUCUUUUCCAUGGUUGGACACAAAGGGACUGAUUGUUUAUAUUUGGUAUUGCUUCUCUUCAAGAUGUUUGACGAGCAACGAGGUGUAUUUGAACGCAUUGGGGUGGUUAUAAUUCGCCCCAAGGAUCAGAUAGAUAAAGUGUUGUCUAUCAAACGGGAGCUAGGAAAGCCACCCUUACCUUGCGCCAAUUUCGAGGACGGGAAGCACACCAUUAUUGUCAUAUAGCACAUCACGAAGGAGGACUGAAGAUAGAGUAAUAAAGAUAGCGGUCUCUUUGCGA